AUGUCUGGUGUAAGGCAUGUCUCGUCGCACCGAUACCCGGCCGCCGGUAUAAUUCUCACCAGAAACGGGUGGGGAGCGAUUGGACGCGGGCCCAAUGCGUUCGGGGGCAACGGCCGGAGCCCCGAAGGACCCCUACGGCGCCCUUCCGGACACGUGGACAUAUCCCGGCCCACGGCGUCACGGCGACAGCGAUACUGGGGACUGUCCACGCGGCAGAUGCAGUCCACAUUCUUCCAUGUUCCUGGUAGAAGUUACUCGGACCUGGCCGUAGCCAGUCCGGAGCCUCCAAGCUGCUCCGAGGAUCGCGGAGAAGAGUUUGGCGGUGUCCAGGACGCGUGGAACCCUCGUAACAUUUGUCCACAGCACGAACAAACACGACGCAACGGAAGCGUGCCAGCGACUAGGAUCCGGGACAUUGACAGCCCGACCGGAGCGACGGCGUGCCGGGAUGGGUAUCGGUGUGCCGUAAUAGCAAAUCUGGCAAAGUCCUUCCAACCAUCAGAUCAGUGGGAGGCUGGGGGCCUAGGGCCAUGGGCGCCAUCCCCUGGCCCCGAUGACGGGGGCUUCAAGACUGGCCAAAGUAAGACUGGCGCACUGGAUAGAAGGGAAGCUUCGGCGCCGGCUUGGGGAAAGCUGCUAAACCUGAAUAGCUGUGCGGCUGAGCUUGCUGAGUUGGAUCAGAGGACGGCGGCAAGUAGAGGUGCUCCCUGUCUGACCUAUUGCACGACCACGGGGCUUAGCAUGGCUGCUGUGCUACGCCUCGCGACGGCUGGUUUCCAUUCAGUGAGAUGGCGUCCUCGGGUUCAAGUCUUGAUGUAUCUCGCAGGUAGUCGUACGAGGAUGGGAUUGCAGGUACAGCUGUGGCAUCGGUCGGUCUUCCAGCUGGUGCUCUCGAGACGGGAAAAGAUUGACGUGAGCAAGGCUUUUUGCUUCUUUGGCAGCGAGGGCGAAGAAGGGAGAAUUCGAACACGAAUGUCUCGUUGGAAACUGAAAGCCCAGUUCACUGUGCAGCCAUACAUCUUGAGCGCUUCCGUCCCUUCUUACCUUACUUCUUGCUUCCUUGACCUGGCGGGGUACCUUAGCCACAAGAGAAAGAAGAACCAGGAAAGAGAGGGGAAACGCGAGAUGCUUGCCUAUCUACGAGUUACACCACUCACCCCCACGUUCCUCCCCAGAUACGAUUACCAGGACAAAGGAAAGAGCCGUGGGUUCGCGAUUGAUCCGACGUACCUUACCUUCGAGCACUUCUGGGCCAGAUUUACCAAGGAAAGGGAAGAAAAGCUACCGGCCAGACAAGGUCUUACAGACGGCGAGCUGCAGGUGCGGAUGCCUCCCCGGCGUCAAGGGCACAUCAUGUACCUCGAGGUACUUGGUGCUGCGUAUGGAGUACCCGUACGGAUUUCUACUAGGCCCCUCAAUAAUUCUCAGGGUUCGAAGAGCCAGUAUCCAGAGACACAAUCCCUCAUUGCUCGUCAUAGGUUCCAUGGCACUAUGAUCAUUGGGCACAUCCGAUGGUUGACACCUGAAGCCCUGGAGUUCCUGCAAAAGGACUCAGCCAAACAUGAAUAG